AGUAUUACAGAUUGCACUAUGUCUCUGCAACUCUUGUAUUUAUUGCAGCUGCUCUUACUAACCUUAGCAUCACCAUCAUCAUCAUCAUCAUCAUCAUCAGUUGCUCCAUUCUUCAAGGCAAAAGCAGGCUGUGAUGCAAAAUGUGGAAACAUUUCAAUUCCGUACCCUUUCGGGAUAAUAAAGCCGAAUGGGGAUGAGUGCUCUAUUGAUGGAGUUGGGUCUGGUUACAGGAUUACCUGCAACACUUCAUUUCAGCCUCCCAAACUUUUUAUAGACAGAGGUAAUGUGGAAAUCAGAGAGAUAUCAGAAACUGAAAUUCGCAUUAAAAACACGCUAGCUACUUUAUGUUACAACAAACUAGGUAAUAUAACGCUCGAUCUGGGUCUGGCCAGCAUUGAUGUCAGUCCGACUCCUUUUACAUUAUCUAAUACCAAAAACAUGUUCUAUGGAAUUGGGUGCAAGACUUAUGCAUCUUUAGAUGGACCUGACUUACAGAACUAUUCAAGCGUGUGUUCUUCAUCUUGUCAGAGUAGGGAAAGUGUGGUAUCUGGGUCUUGCUUUGGCAACGGGUGUUGCCAGAGUACAAUCCCGAAGGGGCUAAAGAGGUUUCGAGUUUCACUCUUGGCAAGACAGCCAGAGAACAUUUCAGAUAUCUCAUCUUUUAAUCCUUGUAGUUAUGCUUUUAUUGGUGAACAAGAUCUGUACACAUUCAAUGCAUCCGAUAUUUUGGAUGGGAAUGUGUUCUCAAGCAGAGGAAAAGAUGUACCAAUAGUGCUAGAUUGGGCCAUAGGAAAUAAGAAUUGUGAAGAAGCACAAAAAAACUUGACCAAUUUUGCAUGCCAAGCGAAUACUUACUGCACAAAUUCCAACAACAAUCUUGGAUAUCGCUGCACUUGCAAUGAUGGAUACCUGGGGAACCCUUAUCUCAGUCCUGGAUGCCAAGGUAUGUGACUUUAAGAAAUAUCUGCAUCACUGGUAUACAAAAUAAUUGGAAAAGCUGA